CGGGGGUCAGCGGCGGAGCGCAGCGUGAGGGGAUCUAUCCCCCCCGGGCCUGGGGGGGUGGGCGGGCAGGCAGCUGCUCGCUGCCAGUGAUCGCUCGAAUCCCGGCGGCCCGGCCCGGGCGGGGAGCGCGGAGCAGUGCUCGGCCUCCCACGCGGGGCCGUGGGGCGGGAUGCGCGCCACUUCUCCGGGCCCCUCUGGGAAAAAGCCUUACGGAGUCGGACUGUUGUUCCCCGGCUGCCUUUACUGCCCGCUUCAGCGCAAGUCCUAGUCUGCGGACGGCUGCCUCAGGCUGCCCUAAUGCCGCUUAACAUGCGUGCUGUGAGAGAGUACGCUUUCUGCUCGCUUCUCAGAAAAAUAAUCCCUGAUUAUGUAGAAUGAGGUUGGGUGUAAUCAAAGGGUGUCCUUGGUGUUAACAGUACCUGGGUUCCUACCACCGUAAAGCAAUGUUGAUCAACUCCAAAAUGUUAUCUCGGUGUCUGUGCCAAGUUUACAAAUGUUUGUUUCUGCGCAACUUAAAGCUGAAUUCAGCAAAUGUGUCUACUUUGGCCAUAAGGAUCCAUUCUUCAGCAAAAAAGCUUUCUGACUGUGAGUUAAAGGAACAAACCAUCCAGAAAUGUGAAACUGAAGAGUUGCCUCAAAGUACACAAAACAAUGAUUUUGGAAGAUUGCACAUACCAGUAAUGCUGGAGGAGGUUAUUAACUGUUUAUCCCCCCAGCCAGGCCAGCAUUUCCUUGAUAUGACGUUUGGAGCCGGAGGUCAUACUACAGCUCUCCUGGAGAAAGCCAGCGACAUUACAGUAUAUGCACUAGACAGGGACCCCACAGCUUAUAAAAUAGCUCAGCAGCUUUCAGAAUCAUACCCAAAACAGAUUCAACCUCUUCUAGGACAGUUUAGCCAGUCAGAGGCUUUGUUAAUCUCCUCUGGAGUUGAGCCAGGGACUCUAGAUGGAGUUCUCUUCGAUGUUGGCUGUUCUUCUAUGCAAUUUGAUACACCAGAGAGAGGUUUUUCCCUGCAGAAGGAUGGACCUUUGGACAUGAGGAUGGAUAGUGACAGGUACCCUGACAUGCCCACCGCUGCUGAUGUUGUGAAUGCUUUAGAUCAACAGGCGCUUGCGUCCAUCCUGAGAACAUAUGGGGAGGAGAGGCACGCCAAGAAAAUCGCUUCAGCCAUCGUUCAGGCACGCAGCAUAUACCCCAUCACCAGAACUCAGCAGCUUGCAAGCAUUGUUGCAGGUGCUUUUCCAGUAUCGGCACUGUAUGCACGAAAAGACUUGCUUCAGAGACCUACACAUGUUGCUACCAAAACUUUUCAAGGCUUGCGAAUAUUUGUAAAUGAUGAGCUCCAUGAACUCUUAAUAGGGCUGGAGACAGCUGAGAAGUUUCUAAAACCUGGAGGUCGCCUUGUAGCCCUCUCCUUUCAUUCACUAGAAGAUCGUAUUAUCAAACGUUUUCUUCAUGGAAUAGACAUGACAGAAAAGUACAAUCUUAGCUCAAGGCAGAAGAUAAGACAGGCUCUAAAAAAUUGCACCAAAGAUGAUGGGCAAGAAUUUCCCUCUGGAAAAUCCAACUCGAAGUGGGCUUUCAUACAGAAAAAAGUACUCACACCCCAGGGCAAGGAUGUUCAAACAAACCCAAGAGGAAGGUCGGCCAAGCUAAGAGCUGCUAUUAAACUCUAAAACAAAAUAUGUGAUUAUGUAAUCGUAUGAUUUCCUUAAAUUUUGUUUUCCAGAAAGCUAACUGGACAGACAGUAUCAAACUGAAAAAAAUAAAAUAAAGGCUGUUUGAAAA